CAGUUCUUUUUGUAUUCCAGUGUCGACACUCGUUUAUUUACAAAUUUUUAGUGCUUAUAUAGUUUAGUUUCUUGACCACUCUUGCAAUAGUCAACAUUUAUGUACUUGACACAUUCAUAACUAAUUUUAAUCAUAUCCAAAUCCCACCCAUCCGCGCCCAACAUAAAUUGGAAAUGCAAAACACUACGAAACGCGCCAAGAAGAAGACACGCGCCGCGCCGAAGGUAACCCAGGUGCCGGUGCCCCCUCACAAUGCACGCCGUGUGAUCAUACCCCGGCCGGAUGUGCUGCACACCUAUCUGGAGUACAAUCAGAUCAAUCAGUAUUUGGAAUACAUUGUGCACAAGUACUCCAAUUUCGUGAAGCUCUAUACGCUGGGCUUGACGCACGAGCGGCGUGAGGUGCGGGCCCUAGAGAUCAAUUGGAAUAAUCCGGAUAAUGUGGAGCUGUCGUCCGUGAUGCGUCUGCAGGCGGCCAAGAUGGCGGACGUCUACAGAAGUACGGGAGCGAAGGGGCCUCUCGUAUUGCCCGGCGACAAAAAUCGCAACAUCAUUUUCAUAGAGGCCGGCACCCAUGCCCGGGAGUGGAUCACGGUGAGCACCUGCCUCAAUUGCAUCUACCAGCUGACGGAGCGAUACACGCGCAACAUCGAAGUACUGCGAAAUCUGCGCUUCAUCAUUGUGCCGCUCGUGAAUCCCGAUGGCUACGAGUAUUCGCGGACGAAGAAUCGUAAUUGGCGAAAGAAUCGCCGUCCACAGAAAUCGACCAAAAUUGUGGGGGCCGAUUGCAAUCGCAAUUACGACAUAUUCUGGGAGUGCGGCCCGGUGAGAACCAACCGCAAUACAUAUAAAGGUGAACGUCCGUUCUCGGAGCCGGAGACACGCGCCAUGCGCAACAUCCUCGACAGCCUGGCGCCCAAUCUGUUGUUCUUCCUGUCGCUGCACUCGUACGGCCAGAGCAUCAUGUAUCCAUGGGGCUAUUGCCGCGAGGCUCCAUAUCACUGGCGUGAGCUCCACACGCUGGCCGCCACUGGACGAGCGGCCAUCAAGACGUACAAUGGUCGGGAAUAUCGCACGGGCAGCAUUAGCUGCCUAACCAAACGCACCAUUGCCGGCUCCGUUGUUGACUAUGUGUACGGCGUGUUGAAGGCACCGCUGGCGCUGGUCAUGGAGCUGCCCUCACGCGAGCUGGGCUUCCAGCCGCCCGUUGAGAUGAUCAGCCAGAUUGGCCACGAGAGCUGGUUCGGCAUACGUGAGAUGUGCAAGAGCGCCUUCGAUUUGAGGCAGAGCAUCAAGCGAGACGAAGAGCCAGUGGCGCCCAGGCCGCCGGCUGCUCACAACACUUCCGGCACCGGCGAUACGAAUGCCAGCCACACCAGUGACAUCAAAAAGAAACCGCUCAAGAAGAAGAACAGAAAACGCUCCAAACGCUCGCUACUAACACAGCACGCCGAAAUACUCGAGCUGCAGCAGCGACACAUGGAGGCCGCCAAGAUGCCGCAGCGAUCGCUAACGGCGCCGAUGCGAACACGUCGCGGACAGGGCGACGGCCCAUCCUAGAGGAUAAUCCCUAUCCUUACAAUCGUCUGUGUGUUUGUGUGCGUGCGUGUGUAGUAUAUGUUUAUAACGCGUUUGUAUACAAACUGCCUGGGCUUGGUCCCAAAGUUGA